AUGGCGUGGAAUAUCUUGAUCACUGGCGCAGCCGGAUAUAUGCAUGAACAAGUGGGACACUUCACUUCUCUGGGUGUAAAUGCCGUACAGUGUUCUUUGCUAGAUGAGGACAAGAUAACCGGGAUUGUGCUUGAGAAAAAUGUCGAUAUUAUUAUUCAUUGUGCAAGUUCACUGGAUCCUAACCUGGCAUACCCUUUGAUCUCGGCUUUACAGAAGAGACGCCAAACUACCGGGAAAGACACAUAUUUUAUUCACACGGCUGGAAUGGGCGCCUUUAGCAAAGAAACAGGCUGGCCUCAUGGCCCAGUAAAGGACACUGACCCUGUUUUCGAACUUGAGAAAAAAGUGCCAGAACAUGAUGCAUUCCCCGUGACGCGGGUGAGCGUCGCAAUAACGGAAUUCGCUCAGAAAUUAAACGUAACAUCCUUCAUUGUAUUUCCGCCACUUGUUUAUGGUCGAGGUACUGGCCCGUACAAGAAGCUGUCCGUUCAGGUGCCUGGCCUCAUUCGAGCGUUCAUUGCGCAGAAGAUGGUAUACAAAUUCGACUAUGAAGGCCGGUGGCCGGCAGCGCAUAUAUCUGAUGUAGUAGACUACUAUCUUCUGCUCAUCGACCUCAUCAUCCAAGGAAAGCCUCCCCAGAGUGGUGAAAAGGGAUAUUAUUUCGCGGCGACUCAUUAUUUAAGCUGGUGGGAAAUAUCAGAAGGCCUGGCCAAGUCUCUUCAUGCCCGCGGUUUAGCGAAGGAGCCGAUACCGGCUGUUUGGCCAAGCGUAGAACUUGCUGAAAAGGCUCUCGGGUUUCCAUCACCAUACGUGCAGGUCGCGUUCAGUUCAAGUCCACAGGGUACUGCAGACAAGAAAUACGCCAUUGGUUGGGAACCAAAGUGGAAUGCUCCCGAAUUUUUUAAUAUCAUUGAUGAUGAGGUCCAGAGCGUACUUGACCUUGAUAUAGCUCGAGCUUCCAUUGCAGAUUUCUUCGCAAAGGACAAUGUCGAGGGUUCGAAGGAAUAA